AUGAAGGACAAAGUCAUUGUUCCCAGUGGAAUUGAUGUUACUUUGAGUUGUCUAGCUGGAGGAUAUCCACCACCAUCAAUUGCCUGGUUUAAAAAUUUUACAGCAAUUCAUGAUGGCAACUUGGGAAGUAACGAUGCUUGGGAAAUGGAAAUCCACAACGUAUCCACUAAUGAUGCUGGUUUAUACUCAUGCAUUGCCUCAAACUCUGAAGGCAAAGUGCAAUUUAACUUUUCUUUGUCCAUAUUAAAAGAAACUAACAAUGUGGAUAAAUCAGACCAAAUUCCUCCUUCAACUGAUACUCACAAACCACCAUAUUUCAUGAAACCUGACAAUAUGAUAGAGCUUGUUGCUAAGCCAGCUGGGAGCACUGUAGCACUGAAAUGCCAAGCAGAUGGCAAUCCAACUCCAACUAUCACAUGGAAAAAGAAUGGACUGUUACUUCAGAAGAGCGGCCAUAUACGCUUUCAGAAAUGGGCAUUAAAAAUCGACCAAGUAACAAUUCAAGAUCAAGGAGUUUACACGUGCUUAGUCUCCAAUAUUCUUGGUACCAUUCAGUACAACUUCACUCUGGAGGUGAUAGAAAGGCUGCCUCACAGGCCCAUAAUGCAAGAAAAUUUUCCUUCAAAUCAAACGGUAUAUCUUGGAGAAAGUGCUGUAUUUGAAUGCAAAUUUAUCAGCGACUUGCAUGCUUCUGCGAAAUGGGUCAAACACAUUGAAGUAAACGGAUCUGCCUAUGAUGAAUAUGGAAUGCCUUAUUUGAAAUACAUUGAGUCCAAAUAUCCAGAUGAACCAAAUUUAUUAACUUUAGAAAAUGUUACUUUUGAAGAUGCAGGAAAGUAUGCUUGCAUUGCCACAAACACUUUUGGUUCCUCAAAACAAAGUGCCUGGUUGACUGUUUUAAAUGUGCCAGAGCCUGAAGGGACAUCUGAAAUAUAUAUCAUUCUUACUGGGAUUCUAAUGGGCCUUAUAUUGUGCUUACUACUAGUUUUUCUCAUACAUCGUAAGCACCAACAGAAGAGGAGACAACUUUCAAAUAAAGCAAUUCCCUUUUUUGUGAAGAAAAAGAUUGUUCUAGUUCCACAGACAUCUGGAAGUUCAGAAAACCUUGCUGCACCUUUGGUGAAAAUUCAGUCAUAUAAUUUAAAUUAUGAGGCCAGCAAUGGUGCACUGUCUGAAUAUGAAUUACCGUAUGAUCCAGCAUGGGAAUUUCCAAGAGAUCAAUUAGUUUUUGGCAAGCCUCUAGGUCAUGGAGCUUUUGGACAAGUGUUUCAAGCUGAAGCUGUUGGCCUGUCUCCUGAAAGAAAAUCAACUACUGUAGCAGUAAAAAUGUUAAAAGAUGGACAUUGUGAUCAAGAUGUUAUAGAUCUGAUAUCUGAAGUGGAAGUAAUGAAAGCAAUUGGAACCCAUCCCAACAUCAUAAAUUUACUAGGAUGCUGCACGCAAAAUGGUCCAUUACAUGUCAUAGUUGAAUAUGCAGCACAUGGGAAUUUACGAGAUUAUUUAAGAGCUCAUAGACCUGUUACUGGUUAUGAAAUAUCAAUUGCUGAUAGGAAAAUUGUUACGGAAAAAAAUUUGACCUCAUUUGCCUUCCAAGUAGCAAAAGGAAUGAAAUAUUUAGCCUCCAAAAAGGUUCAUCGGUAG